AGGGGCGGUUCCUAGCUCAGAAAGCAACUUUUCCUUGCUCUCAUUCAGGCUGGAGAGAACUCCUCCGUACAGUUUCUGGAAAGUCUAGCCUCUGGGAGCCCUGGAUCGAGGAUACUGUGUGCACCCCCAGAGCACUUUAGAUUCCCCAGCGCAGACCCAAGAUGGGACCAGGACAGGCAGGGGGCGCGCUCCUGCUGCGGCUGCUAGUGCUAGUUCAAGGUAUUUUGAGUUGUCUGGCGUAUAAUGUUGGCCUCCCAGGAGCGAAAAUAUUUUCCGGGCCUUCAAGUGAACAGUUUGGGUAUUCAGUGCAGCAGCUUACGAACCCACAAGGCAACUGGCUACUGGUUGGUUCACCGUGGAGUGGCUUCCCUGAGAACCGAAUGGGAGAUGUGUACAAGUGCCCUGUGGACCUACCCACUGCCACCUGUGAAAAGCUGAAUCUGCAAAAUUCAUCAAGCAUCUCAAAUGUUACCGAGAUAAAGACCAACAUGAGCCUGGGCUUGACCCUCACCAGGAAUCCGGGGACCGGAGGCUUUCUAACCUGUGGUCCUCUCUGGGCACAUCAGUGUGGAAAUCAGUAUUAUGCAACUGGGAUCUGUUCUGAUGUUAGUCCAGACUUGCAGUUCUUGGCCAGCUUUUCACCUGCAGUUCAGGCUUGCCCUUCCCUCGUAGAUGUUGUAGUUGUAUGUGAUGAAUCAAACAGUAUUUAUCCCUGGGAAGCAGUAAAGAAUUUUUUGGUAAAGUUUGUGAAAGGCCUGCAUAUAGGGCCUAAAAAGACACAGGUGGCAUUAAUUCAGUAUGCCAAUGACCCGAGAAUUAUAUUUAACUUGAACGAUUUCGAAACCAAAGAGGAUAUGGUCCAGGCCACAUCUGAGACGCGCCAACAUGGUGGGGACCUCACAAACACCUUUGGAGCUAUCGAAUUUGCAAGAAACUACGCUUAUUCACAGACUUCUGGCGGGCGCCCAGGUGCUACAAAAGUCAUGGUCGUUGUGACUGAUGGCGAGUCCCAUGAUGGGUCGAAGCUGAAAACUGUGAUCCAGCAAUGCAAUGAUGACAAGAUUCUGAGGUUUGGCAUAGCAGUUCUUGGGUAUUUAAACAGAAAUGCUCUUGAUACUAAAAAUUUAAUCAAAGAAAUAAAAGCAAUUGCUAGUACUCCAACAGAGAGAUACUUUUUCAAUGUGGCUGACGAAGCGGCUCUUCUGGAGAAGGCUGGAACUCUAGGGGAGCAAAUAUUCAGCAUUGAAGGCACUGUUCAAGGAGGAGACAACUUCCAGAUGGAAAUGGCACAAGUCGGAUUCAGUGCAGAUUACACUCCUCAAAAUGAUAUUCUGAUGUUAGGUGCAGUGGGGGCUUUUGACUGGAGUGGAACUCUUGUCCAGGAGACAUCUCACAAGCCCGUGAUCUUUCCUAAACAAGCCUUUGACCAGGUUCUGCAGGAUAGAAACCACAGUUCGUUUUUAGGUUACUCUGUGGCUGCAAUUUCUACUGAAAACGGUGUCCAUUUUGUUGCUGGUGCUCCUCGAGCAAAUUAUACUGGCCAGAUAGUGUUGUACGGCGUUAACAAGCAAGGCAAUGUGACUGUGAUUCAGUCUCACAGAGGGGACCAGAUUGGCUCCUAUUUUGGCAGUGUGCUGUGCUCAGUUGAUGUGGAUAAAGACACCAUUACAGAUGUGCUCCUGGUAGGUGCUCCUACAUACAUGAACGACCUCAAGAAAGAAGAGGGAAAAGUCUACCUAUUUACCAUCACAAAGGGCAUCUUGAAUCAGCACCAGUUUCUUGAAGGUCCGGAAGGCACUGGAAAUGCUCGGUUUGGUUCAGCAAUUGCAGCCCUGUCAGACAUCAACAUGGAUGGCUUUAAUGAUGUGAUUGUCGGUUCACCUGUAGAGAAUGAGAACUCUGGAGCUGUGUACAUUUACAACGGUCACCAGGGUACCAUUCGCACCAAGUACUCCCAGAAAAUCCUUGGAUCUGAUGGAGCCUUUAGGAGCCAUCUCCAGUUCUUUGGAAGGUCCCUGGAUGGCUAUGGUGAUUUAAACGGGGAUUCCAUCACUGAUGUAUCCAUUGGUGCUUUGGGGCAAGUGAUUCAACUCUGGUCACAAAGCAUUGCUGACGUUUCCAUAGAAGCUUCGUUCACUCCAGACAAAAUCACUUUGCUCAACAAGGAUGCUAAGAUAACCCUAAAGCUCUGCUUCAGAGCAGCAUUUAGACCUGCUGGGCAAAACAGUCAAGUAGCCAUCCUGUUUAACAUGACACUUGAUGCGGACGGACAUUCAUCCAGGGUAACCUCCAGGGGGAUGUUCAGAGAAAACAGUGAGAGAUUCUUGCAGAAGAAUAUGGUGGUAAACGAAGUGCAGAAGUGUUCUGAGCACCACAUUACCAUACAGAAGCCCUCUGAUGUUGUCAACCCUUUGGAUCUGCGUGUGGACAUCAGUUUGGAAAACCCAGGCACUAGCCCUGCCCUUGAAGCCUAUUCUGAAACUGUCAAAGUCUUCAGUAUCCCUUUCUAUAAGGAGUGUGGCAGCGAUGGAAUUUGCAUCUCUGACCUGAUCCUGGAUGUCCAACAGCUGCCAGCCAUUCAAACUCAACCCUUUAUUGUCAGUAACAAAAACAAAAGGUUAACAUUUUCAGUCAUCCUGAAAAACAGAGGGGAAAGCGCGUACAACACUGUGGUCCUGGCUGAGUUUUCUGAGAACUUGUUUUUUGCUUCUUUCUCCAUGCCGGUCGAUGGAACAGAAGUAACAUGUGAGGUUGGUUCAUCGCAGAAAUCUGUUACCUGUGAUGUGGGAUACCCUGCCUUAAAGAGUGAACAGCAGGUGACGUUUACCAUUAACUUCGACUUUAAUCUUCAAAACCUCCAGAACCAGGCGGCCAUCAAUUUCAAAGCCUUCAGUGAGAGCCAAGAAACAAACAAAGCAGACAAUUCGGUCAGUCUCACGAUUCCUCUCCUGUAUGAUGCUGAACUUCACUUAACCCGAUCCACCAACAUCAACUUCUAUGAGAUCUCUUCGGAUGAGAACGCUCCUUCUGUCAUCAAGAGUGUUGAAGAUAUUGGUCCUAAAUUCAUCUUCUCCCUCAAGGUAACAGCAGGAAGUGCUCCAGUGAGCAUGGCAUUGGUGACCAUUCACAUUCCUCAGUACACCAAGGAAAAGAAUCCACUCCUGUAUCUGACUGGGAUACAAACAGACCAGGCUGGUGACAUCAGCUGCACAGCAGAAAUAAAUCCACUCAAGCUACCACACACCGCCUCUUCUGUAUCUUUCAAGAGUGAAAACUUCCGGCAUACGAAAGAAUUGGACUGCAGAACCACUUCCUGCAGUAACAUCACCUGCUGGCUGAAAGACCUUCACAUGAAAGCAGAGUACGUUAUCAACGUGACAACCAGAGUUUGGAACAGGACCUUUGCUGCUUCGACUUUCCAGACUGUGCAGCUGACAGCAGCAGCAGAGAUCGAUACACAUAACCCUCAGCUCUUCGUGAUUGAGGAAAAUGCUGUCACGAUUCCCCUCAUGAUAAUGAAACCCACGGAGAAAGCAGAAGUACCGACAGGGGUUAUCAUAGGAAGCAUAAUUGCGGGAAUCCUUUUGCUGUUGGCGAUGACUGCAGGUUUGUGGAAGCUCGGCUUCUUCAAAAGACAAUAUAAGAAAAUGGGCCAAAAUCCAGAUGAAAUGGAUGAGACCACAGAACUCAACAGCUAAACCAUUGGUGGAUACCACUGUG